GGGAGAUGUUCCGCUCAGUUACAACAUGAUGCAGGAUUGAUGGAGGAGGCGGGUGAAUGCGGGAAGGUAGCGGAGAUAAUGCACAGAGGAGAGAUGCGGAUUAUGGUGACUGGGAUUUUUGGUCGUGUGACAGAACGAUGAUCGGACGGGUAACGGGCUUCUAGAUUGUUGAUAUUGGGACCUCAGCCUUUUUGGACAAUCUCUAAUUCAUGCGUUCUAUGUUUUCUUUUAUUAUCGGCCUAUUUGCGCAGUUGAUGAUUUCAUUAUACUGAAUUUGAUUGUUUUGUCGACAACUAUAGGCUAUUGGCACAUGGAUAUUUCUAUCGUUUAUAUAAGAUUUUGUAAAUUAUUGUUAUUUUUCUUAUAAGGCGAGGACAAGAUAUAUGGUCGCGGCAGCAAAGCGCUCGAUACGACACCACCUGUACACGGACAGAUUUUCAAAUCAAGGGAACUCCGCUGUAUUUUAAUAAAGAUGUCAACAUUAUUGCAUUAUGGCUGCAACUGUCAAUUAUUUCGCAGCAUCAGCGUUUGAUCUUGGUGCUAUAAACAACAAUUCUGCAGCAGUUCUAAUGAUGCCAAACUGAAAGGAGACGGUCGAGCGCGCAAAUUAAGUGUCCUAAAAUAUAUAGCCUAAAAUAACAUUUCAAAAUGGAGGCACUCUGUCCUCGCUGGAUGGUAUUUUUAUGGACGAUUGUCGGCCUGUUUGUGUGUGUCAGUUUCGGCUCCAACGAGGCUGAAGUAGAACCAAACAGCUCUGGCCCACUGGCUAUCCACUUCCCACUGCGGCAGGGCCCUCUCUCCGAAACCCAACCCCCGCCUGUGGCCCCGCAGCGCUCUUCGAGUGCAGCGCGGAGGCGCAGAGGGGUCAGCCGCAUCAAUUUCGUGGACAUGAUCGACAACCUCCGUGGGAAAUCUGGACAGGGCUACUACGUGGAGAUGGCUGUGGGCUCACCGCUACAGAAGUUGAAUAUCCUGGUGGACACAGGCAGCAGUAACUUUGCAGUGGGGGCAGCUGCUCACCCUUUCCUCCGCAGAUACUACCAUCGCUCACUGUCUAACUCCUACCGCGACCUUGGGCGCAGUGUUUACGUACCCUACACCCAGGGCCGCUGGGAGGGCGAGCUGGGCACUGACCUGGUGUCUGUGCCGCACGGCCCCAAUGCCUCGCUCCGUGCCAACAUCGCUGCCAUUACCCAGUCGGACCGCUUCUUCAUCAACGGAUCCAACUGGGAGGGCAUCCUGGGCCUGGCCUACGCCGAGAUCGCCCGGCCUGAUGAGACGCUGGAGCCUUUCUUUGACUCGCUGGUGCGGCAGACCCCCGUGCCCAACCUGUUCUCCCUGCAGAUGUGUGGCGCAGGGUUCACCCAGAACUACAGCCUGGGCAGUGCCACCGUGGGUGGCAGCAUGAUCAUUGGUGGAGUGGAUUCUUCUCUCUAUGUUGGGGACCUGUGGUACACCCCGAUCCGCCGGGAGUGGUAUUAUGAGGUCAUCAUUGUGCGCAUUGAGGUCAAUGGUCAGGAUCUCAACAUGGACUGCAAGGAGUACAACUAUGAUAAGAGCAUUGUGGACAGCGGCACCACCAACCUCCGGCUCCCUCGCAAAGUGUUCCAGGCAGCCGUGAAGGCCAUCGAGGCAGCCUCGUCUACGGAGCAGUUUCCCUCUGGGUUCUGGUUGGGGGAGCAGCUGGUGUGCUGGCAGGCUGGCACCACCCCGUGGCACAUCUUCCCUGUCAUCUCGCUCUACCUAAUGAGUGAGAACCGCAACCAGUCCUUCCGCAUCUCCAUUCUCCCACAGCAGUACCUGCGACCCGUGGAGGACGUGGCCUCGGCCCAGGAGGACUGCUAUAAGUUUGCCGUAUCCCAGUCCAGCACGGGCACCGUCAUGGGCGCCGUCAUCAUGGAGGGCUUCUAUGUGGUGUUCGAUCGCCAGAGGAAACGCAUCGGAUUCGCCGUCAGCACCUGCCAUGUGCACGAUGAGUUCCGCACGGCCUCCGUUGAGGGGCCGUUCCACGGCGUGGACCUGGAGGACUGCGGCUACAACAUCCCGCAGACGGACGAGUCCACCCUCAUGACCAUUGCCUACAUCAUGGCGGGCAUCUGUGCCCUCUUCAUGCUGCCCCUGUGCCUCAUGGUGUGCCAGUGGCGCUUCUCCCGCUGCCUCCGCCCACCUGGAGCUGGGGACUUGGCUGAUGAUAUCUCACUCCUCAAAUGAUAGAGAGGCAUGGACAUACAGUACACAGGAGAGGCAAGCCUACCAGAAAUGGAAAUGGAGGCUUUUCUUAUUGUUGUUGAGGGCACAUCAGCCUCAUUGAGUAAUGCAGAAACAGAUUAACAUGUAGGAUGGUGUUGGUUGUGGUUUGGGCGGGUAGCACAAUGACCAAAUAAGCCAAUGGCCACUUACUUUGGAUUCAUCAAAGGUGGAUAUACCAGCAAGCUGGGUUAAAUGGCUUCCUGGAUUCAGUGGACAACUUUAUUGAUAGAAGGGCAUGAUAUAAAUAUACAGUAUGGAUAGGUGUGUGUGAGUGUUUGUGAUUGUAUGAGGUAUGUAUGUACACUACCGGUCAA